AUGUCUUCAAUACGAUCCAUUCUCAACUACGUACCUUUUGAGCGAGUCAAGUUCGUUGUCGACUUAUCUCAGAAGUUCAUCGAUGAUCUCCAGCAUGUCAACGCCACAGAGGAGGAAGUAACCUUCCCCUUCAGCAUCUUUCCUCUUGAAAACUUUCAGUCUACUGGGAGCAGCUCCCCAUUGUAUUUUCCACGAGCUGACACUCGCCUAUCUGUCACUCCCCUCCACCUCGCUGCCGCCUAUGGUAGAGAGGAGGUCGUUACUCUACUAUUGAAUUUCUCGGAUGUCGAUAAACAGCCAGAAAAUGGUGGCGCCACCGCUCUUUUCCUGGCUCUCUACUGCGGGCACCUUGGCAUAGCUAAGUUGCUUUUGAAACGCGGAGCUCACCCGAAUGGCCCGUGCAGCUUUAACGGCCUGCAUGCCGCGGCAAGGCGAGGAUUUGGGGAGGAGAUUACCAAGUUUGUUCAAGAUUUUGAGGUUGAAGUUGACAUCGAAGAUAUGGAUGGGGCGACGCCUGUUGUAUAUGCUCUCCAGCUUCCAGAAAAGGAGGCAUUAGAAACUAUUUUACUUCUGUUCAACUUAGGAGCAAAGAAGGAUACUAUAGUUGGAGAUGGCUGCUGGACAUACGCUGAUCUCGCUAGAUCGAUGGGCAAGGAGGACCUGGCAACUUGGUUGGAGAGUGUAGCAGACGAUUCAUAG